AUGAGGCGAAUUAUGUUUGCAGGCAGCUUCAACCUUUUACUGUCCCUUUUUUUGUGUGCAAAAAAUGCAGGGAGUUUAAAACACCCCCAAGCCACUCUCCUAUUUUUACACAACACCUCUGACCUUUUCCAAAAUGACACCCUCAGCGUGUUGCGAAACAAGACCAAUAUACAGAAUAAAAAAAAAAUUUCGCGCUUCAAAAUACAAUCGUCGGAGGAGAGCCAGCAGGAUGGGGGGCUGCACUACGAUUUAACCCCUGAAAAUGUGGAAAAGGUUUUAAAUUUAAUUCGACCCAAGUUGCAAAUAGAUAACGGCGAUGUCGAAUUGGUAGACAUAAAAAACAACGAUUUGUAUAUUAAAUUAUUGGGGAACUGCGUCACCUGCAGCUCGAACAGCGUCACAGUGUCGCAUGUUAUCAAGAAGACACUAAAAAUGUACAUACGCAAUGAAAAAGGUGAAGAGCCAAAUGUGAUCAUCACCAAUUUUGACGAAAUAAAUGAGGAAAAUAUAUACGGCUGCUUGAGCGAUCUGAAACCGUACUUUGAUUUUCUGAAGGUGAAGUUAGUAAUCGCGGACCUCAUGAAGAACAAGGAAAAUAUCAACAAUACCGUGUCGUUGGUUUUUAAAAAGGUUGACCCGGGCGGAGGUAGCGACGCGGAUGGGGAAACAGACGGAGAAGCAGACCCCUACGCGGAGCCAGUCAAAAUACCCUUCAGCGUAAAGAGCGAGAUAACGGAACGCCUGAAGCAAAAGUUCCCUACGCUCAUUGUCAACUUUGAUAAUUAA